CGGCGCAGGGCAGACAUGGUGGGAGAAAAUCAAACAAGAUGACCGCACUCGUCGUGGACGAUAACAUGGUCAACCGAACGAUUCACCACCAGCUUUUGGACAACCUCGGCAUCGAGAAUGUAGCCGUAGGCAACGGGAAAGAAGCCGUCGAUAUCCACUGUUCCGGGAAGGCGUUCGACCUCAUCUUAAUGGACAUGGAUAUGCCUAUCAUGAAUGGCAUUGAGGCAACGAGGAAGCUUCGUGAAAUGGGAAUUCGGAGCAUGAUCGCCGGCGUGUCGACGCGAUCGAUGGAACAAGAAAUACGAGAAUUCAUCGAGGCUGGUCUAGAUGAUUACCAGGAGAAGCCAUUGACAGUGUCUAAGCUUAUUUCUAUUAUCCGUAAGAUCAACUGA